UGACGCGGUAGUAUCUGAGUGACGUGGCAGCUUCUUUGCAGGGUGGGGAAGUGACACGUGGCGGGGAGGCAUGGGGCCUCGCAAGGUGCUCAUUGCCAUAGAUCAUAGCGCAGAGAGCGCUUACGCCGUGCGAUGGAGUCUAGCGCAUUGUCUUCUACAGAGCGACGAGGUUAUCGUCCUUCACGUCAGAGCGCCGACUUCCGUCUUCGACCGCUACGCUGAGGAGGAAGCAGAUGAAGGCGAUGGCGGGAAGGAGUUGGAAACGCAUCCACCCUCGAGGGGGGAGGAUGACCACAUGACAACCCAGGAAAAAAUCAGGAAGGCCUCGCAGACCUACCAGGAGAUCAGUGAGCUGGAGACCCACCGGUUGGCCCAACCGUUGAAGGACGCGGGGAAAACGUUUUCGAUUCGGGUUGUUGCGGACGAUAAGCCCAAGGAGCGCAUUUGUGCGGAGGUCGAUGAGAUUGGCGCCGACCUCCUCGUCCUUGGAAACCGCGGGAUGGGCUUUAUCAAGCGGACCCUUUUGGGAAGCACAUGCGAUUACUGUCUACAACACUCUCACUGCCCGGUUCUUGUUGUGAAAAGACCUUUAGACUAUCAUAAAGAGCAGAAGAUGGAGAGGGAGAAGGAGGAGGAGGAGAGGGGGAGGGGGAGGGGGAGGGGGGGAGGGGAGAGAGCAGCGUAGGCUGUCCUAACAUGCAGAGGAAGAGCGGGGGAAAAAAAUCAUCAGAUGCAGGGGAAGAAUAUAAUGAGAAGGUGGCGGAAAGGUAGAGCAGCACAGGCUGGCUGGCUGGCUGGCUGGUUUUUUUUUUUUUUUUAAGCAGCAGCAGCACAGGCUGUCGUAGUGUUGUCCUCAGGAAGAGUUCAUGAAAGUUUUUUUUUCAUGAAAUAAACGUAGCGAAGUCAGAUAAUAAUAGUUAAAAAAAUGAAUAAGGCAGAGAUGAAUCACGUGAACAGAGGUGGUCCCGGGAGGUGGUGGUCCCAGGCAUGACAGGCCUUGCAUCCUACGUUUGGUGAGGGUGAGCAAGAGAAAAAAAUAAGGAGGGAAGAAAACAACAGAAAGAGAUGGCGAAGGAAAGGUUCGUCGGGCCUGGAAGGCCAUACGCACAGAGGACCCAUUGCAUGAAUGUGACUGCAAAUGAAGCCAGGCACAUUGCAGGUGGUCGUUGGGAGUGUGUGCCCCUUCCUCUCCCAUCCUCUGUUUGGUGCUUGCCCUCUCUGCAAAAAAAAGCAGUAUAGCAAAUGGACUUGUAUGUUGGUCUAAGAAAUGCAAUUGAGCGAUUGGCAGGGAGGGCAAAUAAAAAUAGCUUUGUGGAAACAGUUCAAUUCCGCAAACAUCACUGCUGCUGCUGCCAAAUGGGAGGAGCAAGUUUAGUAACGUGCCGGGAAAUUUUGAUAUGAUACAUAAAAAAAGGAAUGGUGGAGGAACACACGUAGCAUGUACACGUACAUGUACACAUGCAUGCAUGCGUGCAUGCAUGCGGAGGGGAGGAACAGAGAACAGCUUUCUAUCUAAGUGCAUGUGUGUAAAUCGACAAAAUGGUGGUGACUAAGGAAGAAGAUAAUGACACGACGAUCAAAAUGCAUUUGGCUGAUAUCCUGUACACAUGCAGAUACCUAUGCGUGUAUCACAACAGACAUGCAUACAUGUAUACAUGCAUGCAUGCAUGGAUGCAUGGUUGUAGGGUUUAAGGUCUACAGGGGAAACAGCAAAAGAGCCUAGUGUGAAAGGGGAGGGGAAGAAAGGAGGAGAAGAAAGGAGGAGAAGAAAGGAGGGGAGGAAGGGAGUGGGAGAGUAGCAGCCACUUGUGUGCUCAUUCAUGGUGCGGAGGUAUCUUUGUAGACUUGGGAAGGUUGUUCUUUGGGUGUAAGAGCUUUGGAGAGGGCUGAAAUCUGGCCCAUAGGUUUCUUUGUGAGUGCUUGGGAGAUCUUUCUUUCUUUGGGUGUAAGAGUUUUCGGGAGGGAGGGGGAGAGUAGCAGCCACUUGUGUGCUCACUCAUGGUGUGUAGUUUUUUGUUGUACACUUGGGAAGGUCGUGCUUUGGGUGUAAGAGUUUUGAAAAGGGCUGAAAUCUGGCCCAUAGGUUUCUUUGUGAGUGCUUGGGAGGUCUUUCUUUCUUUGGGUGUAAGAGUUUUCGGGAAGCGCUAUCCUUGCUGCAUGCGCAGCUCAUGAAAGUCUCAGGAUCAGUGGCUGGGGCUCCCUUUGUGAGAAUGGAGGUGUGGGUCAUCCUAGACGCCAAUCAACAUCCUAGCAUUCA